AUGCCUCGUCCUCAGAGCAAGUCUUAUGCUCGUCGAUCUCGACAAAAAUUCAUCAACAAUCUUUACCAUUCUAAGUCUUAUUUAUUCUCUAACGAUAAAGAAAACAAAGAAACUUCACCAAAAUCAUCGUUUUCUGCUUCUUCGGCAUCAUCAGUUGAUACCUUAAAAUUGAAUUCAUCGAUAUUGAAACCAAUUUCAGUAAAUACACCAUUACCAUUGAAACGACGACAAUAUUCAUCAACUCCACAAACAUCACAAGAACGUUCAAUGUCAGUUUCCUCCUUCACACCAUGUGCAUUAUCAGCAAAACAAAAAAUAAAUGAACCAUUUCUAGGAUCAUCGUCAAGAAAAAUUCAGAAUUACGAACAAGAAUUGCAUUGUAUUCACAACGACGACGAAUAUGAUUUUUAUCAAUUGGUUCAUAAUAGUUCUUUGUUAGAAUUAAUGAAAAAUACUAUCUGUCAAUCGUGUCUUGAAAAUUGGGAUGGUAAAAUGCAUCUGAAGAAACGUGAAGGUUUAUAUUUUUCUAUUGAAUUUCAAUGUCAAUGUUCAAACAUAAUUCGAAUCAACUCGUCUACUCAAUCUUCAAAUACGAAACAUCGAGAUAUAAAUAUUCGUUCUGUUAUUGCAGCGAAUUUGUCUGGAGUCGGUCAUGCUGGACUAAUGAAGAUUUGUGGUGCAUUAAAUGUGCCUCCUCCAUUAGACGAAGAUCAUUUUUCAAGCCUGAUGUGUGAAAUUCUAUCGACCGUACAAAAACAUCAACACGAAUCCAUGAAAAAAGCCGUGGAAGAAGCUUGUGAAAUUGCUAGUUCUAGGAAACUGACUGUCUCUGGCGACGGCAGCUGGCAAAAACGAGGCUUUGCUAGUCUCAACGGAGUUGCUGCUAUUCUUUCUAGUUGUUCAACACCAAAGGUAAUGUGAAGCUUGUGAAGUGUUUCUUAAUAAUUUUUAUUUUUUCAGGUUUUGGAUAUCGAACGAAUGUCUAAAAAAUGUUCAAUCUGUGACGGUGCACGUAGUAUUAAAGAGAACAACAAAGAACAAUAUGAAGAGAUAAUCAAUAACCAUAACUGCCAAAUCAAUUUCAAAGGUUCCGCAGGUAUAUGUUAAGCCAAAAUUUUCUCUUCUUUCGAAAAACUUUUUUACGAUUGCUAACUUGUAGGAGCGAUGGAGGUCGAUGGCAUAUAUCGGUUAUUUAGUAGGUCCGUUCUGCUGUACAAUGUGCAAUACUUGAAGUAAGUAAAUUUUGACAAAAUUACCAGUACCAAUUUGCUGUUUUGCAAUGAUUAUGACUUUGUUUUGCUUUUAUCAUUUGCCGCAUUGAGCAUUAUUAUUUACUUCUUGCUCAGAUAAGUACUUUCAAUUAGGCGCUUUUUCUUUUGUUCACACAGAGAUGCUUUGUGAAAUCUUUUACAUUUAGCUAUAUUGGAGAUGGAGAUACUAAGACGAUGUUAAAAUUAUCGAGUGAACCACCAUAUCCGGAUGUCGUUGUUCACAAAAUUGAAGACGUCAAUCAUUGGUGCAAGAAAAUGCAGCAUAGAUUGGAAAAGAAAAGGAAUGAAAUGAAGAACAUCAUUGUCGACGGGAAAAAAGGAAUAGCUGGUGCAGGAAGGUUGACAGAAAGUAAAAUAUCGGCUUUUCUGUCCAUUUAUUCAACUGUUAGUCUUCGCAUUUUUCUUAGAUAUGAUAAUAAAUUUCAAGUAUUAUUACCGACAAGCAAUAGUCAGAAAUAGAACCAAUCUGGAAGAAAUGGUUAAAGCUGUGUGGGCAAUUUACAAACACAAGGUUGAAAUAUGCUUUUAAAAGUAAAAAUACAGAGUACUUUCUAUUGUUUUUUAGGCGUCAACUAAUCAGGAACCUCACCAUGAAUGGUGUAGCCCAACAUACUGUGGAUAUUGGAGAGCCUUAUUGGAAGGUAACAGUUACUGUUUCUUCUCUUCUGUUGCUUUGCGCAAAAAGUUUUCGUUAAAGAAAAAGUCAUUUUUGUUCACUUUGAAGGUUGUUUUUGUUUAUCCUAUUGUUGCAUAAACAAAACAAGUAUUUUUCCUUGCUUCUUACUUGAUUUAGUAAUCAGAAAUAGAAAUGUCUAUAGGAUAUUCAGCUAUUUUUUGCAGAUCAAGAGUAUGAUCAUACUCCACACAGUCUUCCACAAGGAGUCAUGAAAGCCAUUCGACCAGUAUUUGAAGAAUUAGCAUCUCGUAAGUUCUGCAAAGAUUCAUUUUGCUCAAGAAGCUGCACUUUUCAUGUUGCACUUAGCUGUUUCUGCUGUUUUUCUUUUCUUUAAAAAUAUAUAUAUCAUUUUUUUUGCUCUAUUUUGCUGGUAUUUACUUUCCUGGGAACAAUCAUUAGAUAAGUAUUUUUCUCUUAUUAUAGUACGAUGCUUUGUGGAGUUUUCUAUUUGAAUUUCAGCUGAAAUCCUCAAGCGAGUUCUUCAUGGAUCGACUCAGAACCCCAA